UUUCUUUUCUUCUUCAAGGAACCCUGUCAACCCUCUAAACGCAUUGGCUUUGUAUAGCUAGAGAGAGAGAGAGAGAGAGAGAGAGAGAGAGAGAGAGAGAGAGAGAGAGAGAGAGAGAGAGAGAGAGGUAGAUGAUUUUUAUUUAUUUUAUUUUUUUAAAUGUCGAUCAUCAUCGUUGAUUGUUGUGUAAAUUAAUAUAAUUAAAUAAUUAAGGCCAGAAUUAAGGGAAAGCUAGCCAGCUAGGGCGGUUGAGGGUUUGAAGAUUAUAAUAAAUGGCCGGCGGAGGGGGUGGAGGCAGGGAGCUGGAUCAGACGCCAACGUGGGCUCUGGCCACCGUCUGUUUCAUUAUCAUUAUUAUUUCCAUCGUUUUGGAAAAGGUUCUUCAUAUGAUCGGACAUUGGUUUGAACAUAGAAAAAAGAGUGGAUUGCUUGAAGCUCUUGAGAAAGUGAAAGGAGAGCUUAUGGUUUUGGGAUUUAUUUCUCUGUUGCUAACAUUUGGGCAACAGUACAUCGCUAAAGUGUGUAUUCCGAUAGAGGCAGCAGACACAAUGUUGCCUUGCCCAUACAGAGGGGAAGAGAAAGAAGGAGGUGGUGGUGGUGGAGAUCAUCGUCGCAGGCUUUUAUGGUAUGAACGCAGAUAUUUAGCUGGUGGUGGCGAUGGUCCAGGCUGCAAGGAGGGAAAAGUGCCGCUCAUAUCUACAAAUGGAUUACAUCAAUUGCACAUCUUCAUAUUCUUUUUAGCAAUAUUUCACGUUGUAUACGGUGCCAUAACCAUGACACUUGGAAGAUUAAAGAUUCGUGCGUGGAAGGUAUGGGAACGAGAGAUGGAACAUGAUAAUGAAUUCAAUGAUCCUACAAAAUUCAGGCUUACUCACGAGACAUCAUUUGUUAGAGAUCACACAAGAUGUUGGACUAAAAACCCAUUUACCUUCUAUUUUGUAAGCUUUCUUCGACAAUUCUUUAGGUCCGUCCGCAGGGCCGACUACUUGACCAUGCGACAUGGAUUCGUCACGGUUCAUUUAGCACCUGGAAGUAAGUUUGACUUUCAAAAGUAUAUCAAAAGGUCAUUAGAAGAUGACUUUAAGGUAGUUGUGGGAAUCAGUCCACUGUUGUGGACUUCAAUGGUUCUCUACCUGCUUCUCAAUGUUCAUGGAUGGGAGGCUAUGUUUGUGCUGUCCAUACUUCCUCUUGUUAUAAUAUUAGCUGUUGGAACAAAGCUGCAAGCAAUUAUAUCUCAAAUGGCACUUGAGAUCCAAGAAAGACAUGCUGUAGUCCAAGGGAUACCUCUGGUGCAAGUCUCAGACAAGCAUUUCUGGUUUAGCUGGCCUCAGUUAGUUCUUUAUUUGAUCCAUUUUGUCCUGUUUCAGAAUGCAUUUGAGAUAACAUAUUUCUUUUGGAUAUGGUACGAGUUUGGGAUAAGAUCUUGUUUCCAUGAUAAUUUCGUUCUUACAGUACUCAGAGUUGCACUUGGGGUAUGCGUCCAAGUUAUGUGCAGCUACAUCACACUUCCCCUAUAUGCAUUGGUUACGCAGAUGGGAUCAACAAUGAAGAAGUCAAUCUUUGAUGAACAAACUAACAAAGCUUUAAAGAAAUGGCAAAAGAAUGCUGCUGCAAAGAAGAAGAAUGACGGGAAGCCGGCAGCUAAAGCCAGUGUCGAUUCAGUAACAAAGGCUCCACAAAAGGCUGAAAUGGAAAAAGGUCCAUCAACUCCUGAACAGACGGCAAACAUCAUGGCCAGUGUAGAUAUUCAAGGCAACACGAAAGACCUCCUAACAGGAGGACCAUGA